AUGACCUUGCCAGACACGCGAGACGUCGUCAAACGGCUCAGUCAUCCUCACUACGUCGCUAACUCGCUGCUCUGCGCCGUGUUGCCCGCCCUUCUCCUCCUCUCGCUCGACUUGCGUUCCUCGCCCGCUGUCACAACCGCACUCGUCGCUGCGCCGGUCUUGCUGACCUUGUCGGUUGGACUGAGGAAGGACUCGGACAACAUAGAGUCCCUUCACGAGAGCGUAACCUUCCAGCUCCGCCUAUUCAACCUCUUCGGCCUUUUCUUCCUCCGUAACGAGAUCGGCAUUACGAAGGGAUGGGUCCUGGCCUACUUUGGAGUCUGGAUGGUGUGUAGCUUCUUGUUCCCUCAGCCAUCGUAUCUUGGCCCGCACAAGCUCAAAGUGCUCACUUCCGAGACCUUCGACACGCACAUCCUCCUCCUUUCGCCCGCCGACUCCGUACACCUCGUCGAAGAACCCAAAAUCGUCGAGUUACCCGACGAGACGCCCGACGAACCUGCCGUUCCAGCUUCUUCUCCUCCAGAUCCGACCCAAUACCACCUCGUCCUCUUCUACGCCGACUACGACAAAAAGUCCCGCGACCUCGAGCUCACUCUCGCUCGACUCUCGAACGAGUUGACCACCCCCGUCCUCGACUUCUGCCUCCUCGAUUCGGCAAAGGCGCCGACCACUUUCUACGACUUGGGAAUCUCAACGUCGCCCAUGGCAUUCGACAUCCCGCAGCUGCGGCUGUACAAGGGAGGAAAGGUGGUGCAGCAAUACCCGCUGUCGGAGGGUGAGGCGAGGCGGAAGAUGCGGCGCGAGAGGAGCGCGAAGCUGGAAGAAGAUCUGGGCGUCAAGGAUGGUGCGAUCGAGAGCGAGGAUGGCAGCGAUGAUGGAGCGGACAGUGAUGCGGAGAGCGAGGACGAGAGGGAGGUUCAGCGGAUACGGGAUAUGAGCAGGUUCAAGUGGGACCGGAGCGCGGCGGCUAUCGUGCGCACCUUCCGCCUGCGCGAACGAGCACGUCUCCCUUCGCGAAGUUCGUAG